UUCUGUGGAUAUCGGGUAUGAGACACUGCUAUGGUCCUUGGAGCUGCUCUUCCUGGACUUGUGUUUUUAAUGGUGCAGAGGACCCGGGCACAGUAUGGGCCACCACACCAGCCUUCCAUCUGGGCAGUUCCAGGAGCUGUGGUUCCCAAAGGUAGUGAUGUGACUGUCUUCUGCAGGAUCCCUCCAGGAGUGACCAUUGUGCGUCUAGCCCAUCUUGUACCCCAUACUGUGUGGUAUGAUGGUUCCCCACAGGGAGCCCAGGAGCUGUUUGAAUUCAGUCUGAAGAAUGUAAUACAGAGUAAUGCUGGGCAUUACUUCUGUGAAUACUUUAGGGGAAGUGAAUGGUCACGAAGUAAUGACAGUCUGGAGCUGGUGGUGACAGGCAUUUACAAUGAGAAGCCAUUCCUUUCUGCUGAUGCAGGACCUCAGGAAAUCUCAGAAAGAAAUGUGAAUCUCCUCUGUCACACGCAUCCUUCCUUUGACAUCUUCAUCCUCUGCAGAGGUGGAAAUGCCUCCUUUCCUCAGAGCUGCUCACGUCAGGACCACAAUACAUUUCUCAUCUCCCCUGUGAGGCCAGGGCACAGGAAGACCUACAUAUGCUUUGGCUCUCUCAAACACAGUUCCUACUUGUGGUCACUGCCUAGUGAUCCACUUGAGUUUUCAAUCCCAGGUCCACCCAGCCAUAUUGUGGUUUGGGCCUCAGUUGCUGCUGCCUGCUUCCUCCUCUUCCUCCUCUUCAUCUGCCUCUACUGGCUUUGUGCCAAACACAGGGCCACUAAUGGUGAGACCAGGAGGCAGGUGAAAUAUAAGAGGGCCAGCCCAGCCAUGGACAUGGAGGAAAAACAUAAAUAUGGUGACUUGGAGGGCAUUCCGCCUGAGGACUGUAGGAAGGUGGACACACAGGCGUCUGCAGCAGAAGACACACAGGAGGUGACUUACGCCCAUCUAUGCCAAGAGGUCUUGACAGAGAACAUGGAUCCACUUCCCUCCAGUACCAUUCAGGACACAUCUACACAGACCUGUGUGUAUGCCAGCCUCAUGUUAUCCCAACAGGAGAGUCAGAGCUAGGUGUGCAGGUGUUUCUUUAGCAGAGGGUGGCUCCAUGAAUGAUGCUGCUCAUGUUUUUCAACUCAAGCCAUUAGCACAGAGUACCAACGAACUCACGCAUGGAGAAGCUUAAUUGUGAAGGAACUCUGGAGCUUGUAAACAGUGCUCAGCAAACUUCUGAUUCCUUGUGAUUUGCUCACUCACUGGUGUACCUGUUCACUUAGUAAGACAUGGUUUCCAUCAUCUAAUGAAAGAGGCAAGCUGUACAGUCUGGACCCCUGGUGUUUAGUGUCGCAGAACACCUCAACAGUGAGAUCCUUAAUCUUGGCUGUCAAGUUGAUGGGUUUUAGAAUCACCUGGGAGACAUACCUGUAAGUGUGUCUUUUAGAACUGUUCUAGAGA